UUUUCUGCGUAUUCUACACUUUUGUAUGUGCAGUAACAAUAAAAAGAAUUAUUGGCAGUGUGCGGAAAAAAAAUCUUAUUGAAUACUUACAGUAACAUCUGUAGGUUGCAUAGACUUUUAUCUAAAAAAGUGGGAAAUUUGUGUUAACAUUCAUUUGUUUUUAGUAGCUUUUGUUGACAGUGUGAUAGUUAUGUUAGUACUAUUCUAAGACCAUGGCAGAGGAAUCCGACCCAAACCAAUCGAACCCAAAAACGUAUGAGAACGGAUGGAUUGUCUGUCGCUCUCAAAAGCGCCCGGGACUAUUGUAUAACUUUAACACCUUGACAGGUGAAGCGCAGUGGCGAGAUCCCGACAAAAAUGGGCAUCUUACUGCCAUCAUGGAUAAAAAUAAGGUUCCAUUUGACUGUCAUGAACCAACUGAGCCUCCAAUGGAGCCACAACCUCAUAAACAGCCAAUAGUCGCACAGGGCAGCCCUGCCCCAAACAUUUACAACAAACAGAUUAUAAAUAAUCAGUUUCCAGCUAAACCAUUUACAAUAGCUCCUUUUGCCAAUUCAGCUUGUGGCACAUAUGGAGUGAUAGACCCUGGCCAGAUAAAUACUAUAAAUGUCCCACCUGUUUGGGUAACAACAACACCAACAGCAUCUCAAGUCUUCCUUGGUCACUCAGUAACGUCAUUGAACCCGUUACUUACUUAUGGUGGCCUAGAAAACAUACAAUUACAAAACACAUCAGUGCCUUUGAGUAAUAGAUUUCAAGUUUUAAACCGGUUAAACACUGGAAGCCCUAUUGGUAUGAAUUUGCCAUAUGAAGGUACUAUUAAUCACGAAAGUUAUAGCCACCAACAGCCGCAUCAACAUUUUAAACCCUGGCAUAAAAUGAACCAUAAAAGACCUGUAAAAAAUAAUUUAAAUAGACAUACUGAUCUAAGGAGUAAACUGAGUAGCAGAAAAAGGCAGGACCUUAAUGCUCAUGAAGCUAAUGUUACAGUUGCAGAUAAACCUGAAAUGAAAAAGGAAGAUGCAUCAGUUAUUGUCACAGAAGAUGAACUAAAUCCAGAUGAUAAUGAUGAAUGGUUGGAGGCACAUACUGAUGGUGAAGGAAGAGAGUUGAACAUGGACAUUGAGUGCUUUUGGGAGUUGGCUGACAGUAGCACAAGUCGCGACUGCUGUUAUAUUAUACCCACCACAAGGGUUCUGCUCAACAACAUGCGAUUCUUGACCAGUCUUGUGAUAUCAGACGAUCGUAUCCGGCUGUUGACGCCGCGCGACGUGGUGCGUACGCUGCGUUGCGCUGCAUUCUCGAGCAACGAUCGCUUGGCAGACUACGCGAGUCGCGCCAGGACGUUCGCCAUUCGCCAGAUGAGGAAAAUUCCUGACAAUUUAAAGGACAGACCCAAUGUUAAAUCCUGUUUGGAAUUAAUUGCUCCCAAUAUACACGUGGUCCGUCUUGUUGACGAAAAGGAUAUGCUGAAUCAAGAAUCUAUCAAUGAUGGUACAAUUACAGUUACUGAACUAAAGCGGUAUUUAACACGAACUUCAACUCCGAAAUUAACACCUGUCCGCAAAAUGCAUACUAUCUGCGAACAAAUUAAAAUAAUAGUACCAAAUGCCGAGGUUCAAUCUGAGAGUUCACCACAAGUAGCGGAACCCCAAAUCCAAAUACAAGAGAGCUUAGAGGGCCCUAGUAUAUGCAAUGCGACUACGAACUCAACCACCCUAGAAUCCCCAAGACUUGACACUGAAAAAACUGGACAGAAAGAGAUAGAAAUCCAAACUGAUCUGCCGCCAGAAAAACGAACUGCAAACGCGUGUGUACAGACAGAUUUUAAUUUUAUAUCACCUUCAUUUGAGAUAAACGCAAAUAAAAAUAAAACCAGCGAAGCGGCGAAUGCCGUAAAUUAUUUGUGUGAUAAGCAAACAAAUUUUAAUUUCACGUCAUCAGAAAGAGGGCACAAUGAAAUUAAAACCAGUUCUAUAGAAGAUACAGCAGAGGCUUCCAAUGAUAAUAAAGCAGCAGCACCACGAAAAAUCAGACUAAAAAGGCUGCAACAUUCAAAUGUUAGCAGCAACACAGAGGAGAAAAAAGCUUUCAAAUGGCGCAGGAGAAGGAAUACCCAGCAAGCAACGGUGGUCGAACACGAACAGGGUUAUCCAAGCAACAGCGGAACAUCUUCCACCAGCCACGUAAUCCAAAAUGAUGACUCCGUGGAUAACUCCAAGUUAAGCGACGCCAGUGUUGCAGAGGCGAUGGUCGAUGAAUCGUCCACAUCGGGUGUCAUUUCUAAUUCCAUUGAUUCCGACAGGCAACCAAUCCAAAAUGAAUUGAACACGGACCCAAGCAUUGUAGUUUAUGAGGUUACAAGCGAUUAUAUGACAGAUCGUCUUAUCUUGAGGAGCGAUGAGUGGAUGUCACGGUUCGUGCAAAUAAUGGAAGAAGUUCUUUCUCAAGUGCUUCUAUUUGACCCGCCUUUUGUUGACGCGACUUUGCCUCCGCCGUGGACUUUCUACGAGGCAACGGUAUGCGUUAAACGGAAAUUUACAAACGAAACAAAAAUCGUCUAUGCUUCCGAUAAAUUGGCUAUAUUCCUUUUGAAAAUAAACGAUGAUAGAGGAAACUUAGUGACAAAAUUAAGCCCUACGGAUUUCAUGAAAAUGUACACCUUUGGCAUAAAUUUAGUCAACACACUGCAGUCGGUGUUGAAAGAUUGUGAAGAUGUGCAUAUAGCAUCUCAGAAUUUAUCUCAACUGCUAAGCGACAUUCGGGAGCCCGAUUUAGACGAGUCCUAUGAUAUGGAAACAUUCAAUUACGAGGAGCCAAACCACUCGCCCAAUUUCAGCGAAGCGGUGACAGAUAUGUCGACAAUAAUCUCAGGCUUCCCACCUAUGCCAGCCACCAACAACUGUCCUGAAAACAAAGAGAAAAGCCAGUCGUGCAACAACUCUCCGGCAAGAUAUAGUCUAAGAUCCAGUCACUCACACUCACAGCAGAAGAAGAAAGAGGAGGAAGUACAGACACAGACUAAUGCUGUGUGCAAUGAAAACAAAAAAUAUACUUUGUUUUCUAGUCUUGGACUGCAAAAAAGGGAGAUCAAGGUUGAUAGUGGUAUUACUAAGACUAUUUCUAAUGAUCCCAAAGACCAACAACUCAAACCACCUUCACCAUUAACACUAACACCUGAAGCUUCCGAGAAUGCCCAAGACGCAAAACCAAAGAUUGUUAGAAAUUUUAACAUAUGUCCCGAAUUUGAGAAAAGAUUAAAUGGCGAAAUCUGUAGUAAUGCUACUGACAAUAAUGAUUCCGUCGAAGUUGAUUAUGUAGCUGAGAAUUAUAUGCAAGAAAACAUGCAUUUUGCAGAAGACGUUGAUUUAGCAGAGUACGAUUUUACCAAUAAUGAAAUUUAUUAUUAUGACGGUGCCAUGUCUGAGACGACGAAAAUGGAUGUUGACCUGAACUAUAAAUGUAGACAACCGCCCAAUGCUGAUUACAAAUUGAAACAGGUUGUUAGGAGAGUAACGUACAAAUACCGCAGGUGGUUAAUAGAUUUGCAAACAUUCUGCGAGGCUACAAAUGCAACCAUAAAAAGUCCAGAUAACCAGCAACAGGAGUACCAAACCAACGUGAAGAAGAAGAUCACUAAAGUCGGCGAACACGCGAACAGUGUGUGUCGCCGUUUGAAAUGCAUAUUAAACCGCGAUCCCAGCGUAACGAGUAACAAAUUCCGCGAUAUGUUGAAGAGUUACGGAAUCAUUGAUUUUAAUAUGAACGACACUCAAAUGGCUGAAUAUCGAAAGUUAAUUGAGAACUAUCUGGAACUGGCGGAACGACUAUUAACAUGUGUGACGCGACUUGCCGAGGCUGUAAAGGUGAAAUGACGGCAUUUACAUUGUUUACUGUAGGUCCAGCGCUGAUCAAUCGGCUUGUAGACAAGAAACAAUUUUUUUUAUUAGUACUGUGUUAAAGAGAUAGGUGCUAUUUGCGACUAGAGGGCCAGUACAGUGUUGUUACCCUAGUCCAAGGAGCAAGUCAUGUGCAUGUGUAUAUUGCUUGUAGAAUAAUGUGUACA